CUUGGAAAGACCUCUUCCUAGACCUAGGAAGAAUCAACGGUCCACUUCAAGUGAAGGAGAUAAGUUCGCGGUCCACCCAGAAGGACUCCUUGCAUUAGUCGGUCCAUCAUUCAAAAAAAAAAAGAGAGAAAGGAGGAUCGAUCCUCCACAGAGGACCGCGUUCGCAAGACAAUCAUACAGGAGGAUCGAUUUCUUGCUCGGGGGCCGUUAUCUCACGCUGGUCCACCUUUUUCAUCAAGAGAAGGUUUCCAACUGACACCAUGGGCAAAAAUCGGUCCAUGAGGAACAAAAUUGCUGCUAAGGCGCGAACCAACUUGGAAGGGAAAGAAAAGCUUUCAUCUCAGGAUCUCAGACAUCAAAUAACUCUCUCCCAAUCCAGGCGUGAAACACAAGACAAAUCUUGUGAACAGAGUUUCCACUCUAAAGCUCAAAAGAGUUCUCAUCCAAAGGAUUCUCAGGCAGAAAUAGAAAAAUUCGACGCCAACUCCCCCAUAGUCCGAAAGUUAAUCGGAUGGCUCAACAAGGAGGGAGAGGCCCGGUCCCAGCGGACCGGGAGAGAGACGGGCCAAGGAGAGGAUGAGGAGGUGGAAAGUCAGGGCCGCAUAUCAGUGCACAAGAGGAUGCGCAAAAAUGCGUCCCAAAGGCUGGGACCCAGAACUGAGGAAUCUGGAGAAAAUUCUGGGGGUCCCGGCAAUGAAGAUGCCAGAGACAUCCUCAAAUUGAGAAAAGAAAUGGAGGAACUAAAGAGGCAGGUUGACAAGGAUGGGUCUUUUGGACCCACAGUAGAGAUAAUUUCUCCCUUCACUGCCAGAGUGAUGAAAGCUCAACUGCCUAGGGCUAUGAAAGCCCCUGAAAUCCGUUAUAAAGGAGUCACCGAUCCCAAUGAUCACUUGGCCGCGUACCAAACUCACAUGUUGAUGCACGCCGUGGAAGACGAGAUCCAAUGUCGCCUCUUCGUAGGAACCUUGGAGGGGCCGGCCGUAAAAUGGUUCCUCACCCUUCCUAACGGGACCAUUGAUUGCUUCAAAGAUCUUGCUCAACUUUUCCUCAACGCCUAUGGAGGAAGGUUCCAGCCAAAGAAGCACUUCACCCAUCUUUUCUCCCUAAAGCAAAAGGAGGGGGAAACCAACAGUGAAUUGGUACAAAGAUGGAAUGAAGCAAUCAAUGAGGUGGAGCCUAUGGACGAUAAGACCUCCAUUGCUCUGUUCAUGAAUGUUCUCAGGUCGGGGGAAUUGUUCAGGAAGUUAGAUUACGAUACCCCUACUUCUUACAAAGCUAUGAUGGCUAAGGUUAACAAGUUCUGCGCUACGGAAGAGUCAGAUCGCCUGAAAGGAAAGAGUGAAGGAGCCUUGCAUAAAGGUCUGGACAAAGAAAAGAGAGGAGAAAAGGCCAAGGCGACCACUCUCUCCAUCCCUACCCUCAAGUCACUGGCUGCACCGGUGGCAGAAAUUAAGAGCAAGGAGGAUGGUGGACAGAAGAGGAAACGUGGAGACCAAAAAAGAAGGCAGUGGCCCUAUGACCUAGAAGAAUAUUGCAACUUCCAUAGAAGGCUUGGACACGCCACCGAAGAAUGCCAUUUCCUCAAAAAGAUGGAAGGAGAGAUGAAGGACAAGGAACCGAAUGCUAAUCGGGAGCCGAACCAGGGAGGUAAUGUUUGGCGUAGAGACGCCCAACCUCAACAGCAAAUCCAGGAGAACCCGGAGGAAUUCCCCCAAGUAGGAGUCAUCUUUGGCGGACCAGAAACAGGAGUCACAAGCAAGGAGAGGAAGGAAUGGGCUCGCAAGCUAUAUGUGGGGUCCAUUGACAUAGGCCAAGCGGCCAAGAGAGGAAGGAGGGAGCCCAUUGUCUUUUCAGACGAAGAUUUACCACUCAUUCCUAGCCCUCAUCGGACUCCUCUGGUAAUUUCUAUGGCUAUUCACAAAUAUUUUGUCAAAAGAAUAUUGGUGGACACCGGAAGCAGUGUCAAUGUGUUGUACUGGGAGGCGGCCCAGCAAUUAGGAAUCAAAAAGGAAGAUCUCACAAAGCUUAACAUGCCCCUGUCCGGUUUCACUGGAGACAUAAUUGAACCGGAAGGGUCCAUUAAAUUGGACAUCAUCAUAGGCGAGCAUCCUAGGGUGAGGCAUAUGAGGAUGGAUUUUGUAGUGGUCGAUAUCAAAUGCGCUCACAAUGCCAUCUUAGGGAGGCCUGGGCUAGAGGACUUGGGAGGUGCACUAUCCCUUGAACACCUGUGCCUCAAGUUUAGGACUCCCGAAGGUGUUGGGAGGGUCCUUGGCGAUCAACCCGCAGCCAAGAAGGCCUAUCUAAGUGCCUGCAAGAGGAUAUACAAGGAGAACCUCAACAUCCAAACCAUCGGGCAUGUUUUUGAAGAUAAAGAAAGAAGAGAGGAGGACCGGGAGAGGCCCAAGCCAGCUAUGGAAGCGGAAGAGGUGGCGCUAUUCCCGGAGGGAGAACCAGAGAAGGUUGUAAAAAUCGGUUUAGGGCUAGAGGAGAAUACCCGUGAAGAGAUCAUCCGAGUAUUAAGAGAAAACUCGGUCCUCUUCGCAUGGGAAUCCAAGGAUAUGCCCGGAGUCGAUCCCUCAGUCAUUUGCCAUAAAUUGAACAUCAAGGUGGACUCCCUCCCGGUCAAGCAGAAGAAGAGAUAUCUGUCCACGGACAGAAAAGAAUUUGUGAGGAAGGAGGUGAAAACCCUUUUGGAGGCCGGCCACAUCAGAGAGCUAAAAGGGGAAAUGGAGGCAAAGGAAGGAAGGUUGAAAAGAUACAGGGAUUGCGUCAGGACUCUACUGGGACAAUUUGAGUAUUAUGAACUCAUAUAUGUUCCAAGGGAGGAGAAUGAGGAAGCGGAUAUGCUUGCCAAAUUAUGUAGGACCAUUCCCAUCCACAUGGAGGGUAUGGUAAGACAGCACGAGAAGAUUUGUCCUGUUUGGGAAGAGGCGGUCCCUGUCCUUGAGAUAUCCGGUCCAGGUACAACUUGGAUGAGCCCCCUGAUCACAUACCUUGAAAAGGAAGAGCUCCCUGUUGACCCCAAGGAGGCCCGUAGAGUUCAAUUGAUGGCUCCCAAAUAUCAAUUGGAUGGAGGGAAAUUGUAUAAAAGGACCUUGGGAGGACCGAUGCUCAAGUGUUUAAAUGAGAGAGAGGCAAGAAGAAUAUUGGAAGAAGUGCACCAAGGAGUUUGUUCUGCUCAUCAAGGUUCCCUCACUCUAGCAAGAAAGGUGGUACUCCAGGGGUUCUAUUGGCCCACUUUGAAGAAGGAUGCACUGGAAUUGGUAAGGAAGUGCCCAAUUUGCCAAGCAUUUGCACCAAUCCCUGGACGCCCAUCCACCUUUUACACCCCAGUCACCACGGCCAUCCCCUUUGCUAGAUGGGGGUUGGAUUUGGUGGGUCCCUUCGUCCAAGGGGCUGGAAGGAAGAAAUUUGCGAUCGUGGCAAUAGAUUAUUUUACCAAGUGGGUCGAGGCGGAGGCCCUUGUGAAGAUCACUAAGGAAAAUUGCCGUAAUACAAGGGUGGAGGCAUACACCCCGAUCCUCAACGAGCAGUUAAUGGAAGUGGAUUCCCACUUCACGCAAGAAAGGAGGGAUGAUGCGGCGAUAAAAGCAGAAGAGUACCAGCGACAAUCCAAAAGAUAUCACGACAAGAAAACUAUACUUCGGGCAUUCAAAGUAGGCGAUUGGGUCUUGCGUAAAAGGGAGAAGAGUCAGCCUACUAAAGGAGGAAAACUGGCCCAGAAUUGGGAAGGACCGUAUCGCGUGGAGAGAGUGGUGCGUGCAGGCACCUAUCAACUGGCUACUUCUGAAGGAAAAACAUUGGACAAUUACUGGAAUGUAGAGCACUUGAAGAAAUUCUACCAGUAGGAGCUGGUCCGUCCAAGUUUUUUUUCGGUUAUGAGCAUCACUUUUAAGAUGUUUUCUACUUCCCCUUUUUUUUAUUAAAUGGUUUGUGCGUUG